AUGGGCGCCGAAGAAGAGGUCGGAGCCGCCGUCCCCGCCGACCAGAAGCAGGGAUGGGGUCAGUUCCUCAAGUCGAUCGCCACCUUCUCGGGCGACCUCUCGUCGAUGACGGCGCCCUCGUUCAUCCUCUCGCCCGUCUCGCUCGUCGAGUUCCCCGCCUACUGGGGCGAGCACCCCUCCCAGUUUGCCGAAAUCGCAAAGGGAAAGGACGAGGUCGAGCGCAUGGUCCUCGUCCUCAAGUGGUUCAUCGGAACCCUCAAGGGCCAGUUCACCGCGCGCAACACGUCGAUGGGCAGCGAGAAGAAGCCCCUCAACCCCAUCCUCGGCGAGCUCUUCCUCGGAAAAUGGGGCGACAAGGACGGCAGGGGCGACACCACGCUCGUCGCGGAGCAGGUCUCGCACCACCCGCCCAUCACGGCGUACCACAUCGAGAAUGCAAAGGCCGGCGUCACGCUCGAGGGCCACUGCGCGCAGAAGACGUCGUUUAGCGGACGCGCCAUCAACGUCAAGCAGGUCGGCCACGCCAUGAUGCGCGUAAAGACGGCGUCGAUGGCCAACGAGGAGCUCUACCUCAUCACGCUGCCCAACCUCGUCAUCGAGGGCCUGUGGUACGGCAGCCCCUACGUCGAGCUGACGGGCACCUCGUACAUCCAGUCGACGUCGGGCCUGCUCACCACGCUCACCUACACGGGCAAGGGCUACUUUUCAGGCAAGUCGCACUCGUUCAAGGCGUCGAUCGGCGCCGGCGGGAGCUCGCUGUACAACAUCGAGGGCGAGUGGGCGGGCGUGAGCAAGUACAAGGGCAAGAGCCUCAGCGGCGGCAAGGACGACGUCUUUUGGGACGCCAACACGCCGCGCGAGGAGAUCCACGUCGACGACGUCGACAGCCAGGGCGACAUGGAGAGCCGCAAGGUGUGGAAGACGGUGGCCAACGGCAUCCGGACUGGCGACUACGACACCGCCAGCCGCGACAAGGCACGGAUCGAGAACGAGCAACGCAACAAGCGCAAGGACGAGGCGGCCAACGGCACGCCGCACCAGCUCGAACACUUUGUCCACGUAGACGACGACCAGGAGUACCGGCAGCUGGCGGCCAAGUUUGGCGGCAAGCCCGCCAACGAGGACGCGUAUAGACGCAAGCCCCGCGUCCACUAA